UCGUUUCGUUAUUGAACAUCAGAACAUCUCUUUCUUCAACCUCUCUGCUAUUCCAGGCCCUGAUCUCUGUACUGUACGGACACGAAUCGAGAUUCGGAGAAAAUGGGUCUUCUUACCAUCAUUAGGAAGAUCAAGAAGAAAGAGAAAGAAAUGCGCAUACUCAUGGUGGGUCUUGACAAUUCUGGAAAGACUACAAUUGUGCUGAAGAUUAAUGGUGAAGACACUAGCGUUAUCAGUCCCACACUCGGCUUCAACAUCAAGACCAUGACUUACCAAAAGUAUGUUCUUAAUAUAUGGGAUGUUGGGGGCCAAAAAACGAUAAGAUCGUACUGGAGAAACUAUUUUGAGCAAACUGAUGGCUUGGUAUGGGUAGUUGACAGCUCAGAUCUUCGAAGACUAGAUGACUGCAAAAUGGAACUAGAUAAUCUUUUGAAGGAAGAGAGGUUAUCAGGGGCAUCCUUAUUGGUACUAGCAAACAAGCAAGACAUAAAAGGCGCUCUAAAACCAGAAGAAAUUGCCAAAGUUCUAAAUUUGGACGCCAUGGACAAUUCACGACACUGGAGAAUCGUUGGGUGCAGCGCUUACACGGGAGAGGGGCUUCUUGAGGGGUUUGAUUGGUUGGUGCAGGACAUUGCCUCUAGAAUUUAUGUACUCGAUUGAGGCCACCAUAACCAUUACUCUUUGAGUUGUUUCUUGUAUUGGACACUUCUCUGAGUGUGUACACAAACAAACAUCAAUUAAUUUGCUUCUUUAACUUUUCAACCA